UUGUCUUACUUUUCUAAGAAACAGAUUAAUACCGAUCUCACUAGUAGCAUUGUUAAGACCGAAUAAGAUGGCGAAUAGCUUUAAAGCAUCUAAUCACAGUAUCCCCACAUGUAGUACUCACUGAGCAAAUCAGCCAGGAGUGGACGAAAAGCACUGCGCGCAUUAAACCAGCCAGAUUUGGAGUCUGGGCAGGGCCUAAGAGGAUGGCAUCAGCGGAUUGGGCCAGCUAAAGGGGGCGGGUCCAAAGGGAGGAGCCAGACGUUUCCCGCUACGACCAGAGCUUUGAAUCAAGAGCGGUAGCUUCAGCUGUAGCCAAUCCUAGAACAAACUGUUCUUGCGUCAGUUGUUGCCGAGGCCCAGAUGUCAUCCAGAUCAGUUGUAGCAGCUGCUGUUGUACUCGUCCUCGCUCUUGAGUGUCCAUCCGUUACGACUGAGAGGACUGACAGAAAGUCUAAGUCACCUUACUCAGUAUCCAGGCCGGAAGGAGACUUUCGGCUACUCGCCCUACACAUGCAGAGCAGCACUGGCUUCCUUUUCUGUGGAUGCUGCAGGGGCUGCCUGGCAGGAGUUACACUGUCAAGAUUCCAGUUCUUACGCGUCUUGCUGGAGAAGCAGGAAGUUGCUGUUUAUCGGAGAAGGCGGGCUAGGGAGGGCAACAACCCCGCGGAUCCAUCUGGAGAGGGCAGGAGGCGCCCUUGGAUAGUGGGAGUCCGGGUUGGGGGCGGGGGUAUUGAGUCCUGGCCCUUUAAACCCGGGGGGGAUGGGGGAGGAAGAUCCGGAAGCGGAUGGGCGGGGCCAAGGGCCAUCGUAUAUAAGAGGGCCUAGCCGCGCGGGGUCUCCAAUCUGCCAUUUUCUGUCCCUGAGUAAGUCCUUGGCGUCCCGAAUUGCCUGUUUUCUCACAGGCUCUAUUCCGUUCGCUGGUUCGCCACCUCAGGGGAACGAUGGCCACAGAGUCCACAGCCGCUGCCGCCGUCGCCGCGGAGCUGGUUUCUGCCGACAAAAUUGAAGAUGUUCCUGCUCCUUCUACAUCUGCAGAUAAAGUAGAGAGCAACCAUUAAUCUGCUUUCUGUCACUGAAGAUGGGUUGCAUUUUGUAGAAUAUUAUCUAAAUAGAAUCAUACAUCUGGAUGUGGAUAGUGAAGCUAAGAAAUUACUGGGUUUAGGACAGAAACAUCUGGUGAUGGGGGAUAUUCCAGCAGCAGUCAAUGCAUUCCAGGAAGCAGCUAGUCUUUUAAUGGAGAAUGGUGUGUUGGGAAACGCCUUGGAAGGUGUGCAUGUGGAAGAGGAAGAAGGAGAAAAAACAGAAGAUGAAUCUCUGGUAGAAAAUAAUGAUAACAUAGAUGAGGAAGCAAGGGAAGAGUUGAGAGAACAGGUUUAUGACGCCAUGGGAGAAAAAGAAGAAGCCAAAAAAGCAGAAGACAAGUCUUUGGCAAAGCCUGAAACUGAUAAAGAACAGGAGAGUGAAAUGGAGAAGGGUGGAAGAGAAGAUAUGGAGAUAAGUGAAUCUGCAGAGGAGCCACAGGAAAAAGUUGACUUGACUCUAGAUCGGUUAACUGAAACCUCUGAAGAGGCAAAAGGAGGAGCAGCACCAGAAGGACCGAAUGAUGCUGAGGUCCCUUCUGGGAAGCCAGAACAGGAAGUACCAGAUGCUGAGGAAGAACAAUCAGUUUCUGGAACUGAUGUCCAAGAAGAGUACAGAGAAAAAGGAGGUCAGGAGAAGCAGGGAGAGGUAAUUGUAAGUGUAGAGGAGAAGCCAAAAGAAGGUUCAGAAGAGCAGCCUAUGGUGACUCUAGAAAAGCAGGGCGCUGCAGUGGAGGUAGAAGCAGAGCCUUUAGACCCGACAGUCAAGCCAGUGGAUGUGGGUGGGGACAAGCCAGAGGAGAAGGUAGUUACCUCUGAAAAUGAUGCAGGAAAGGCAGUUCUUGAGCAGCUGGUAGAUCAAGAAGUGCCAUCUGCUGAAGAGUCGCCAGAGGUGACAACAGAGGCUGCAGAGGCCUCAGUUGUAGAGGUUGGAUCAGAAGUCUCUGAAAAGUCUGGGCAGGAGGCUACAGUUGUCCCUAAAGAUGGUGCAGUCAAUGGACCGUCAGCUGUAGGAGAUCAGACUUCUGUCGAACCACAGACUUCUAUAGAAAGACUGACAGAAACAAAAGAUGGCUCAGGACUAGAGGAGAAGGUCAGGGCAAAGCUGUUUCCUAGUCAGGAGGAGACUAAGCUGUCUGUAGAAGAGUCUGAGGCAGCUGGAAAUGGGGUUGAUACCAAGGUAGCCCAGGGAGCUACUGAGAAAUCACCUGAAGACAAAGUUCAGAUAGCUGCUAAUGAAGAGACACAAGAGAGAGAAGAACAGAUGAAAGAGGGUGAAGAAACUGAAGGCUCAGAAGAGGAUGAUAAAGAAAAUGAUAAGGCUGAAGAAAUGCCAAACGAUUCAGUCCUUGAAAACAAGUCUCUUCAGGAAAAUGAAGAGGAGGAGAUUGGGAACCUAGAACUUGCCUGGGAUAUGCUGGAUUUAGCAAAGAUCAUUUUUAAAAGGCAAGAAACAAAAGAAGCCCAACUUUAUGCUGCCCAGGCGCAUCUUAAACUUGGAGAAGUCAGUGUUGAAUCUGAGAACUAUGUACAAGCCGUGGAGGAAUUCCAGUCCUGCCUAAUCCUGCAGGAACAGUACUUGGAAGCCCAUGACCGUCUCCUUGCAGAGACUCACUACCAGCUGGGCUUGGCGUAUGGGUACAACUCUCAGUAUGAUGAGGCAGUGGUACAGUUCAGCAAAUCUAUUGAAGUUAUUGAGAAGAGAAUGGCUGUACUAAAUGAGCAGGUGAAGGAGGCAGAACGAUCAUCUGCUGAAUGUAAGAAAGAAAUUGAGGAGCUGAAGGAACUGCUACCUGAAAUUAGAGAGAAGAUAGAAGAUGCAAAGGAGUCUCAGCGUAGUGGGAAUGUAGCUGAACUGGCUCUGAAAGCUACUCUGGUGGAGAGCUCUACUUCAGGUUUUACUCCUAGUGGAGGAGUCUCUUCAGUCUCUAUGAUUGCCAGUAGAAAGCCAACAGAUGGUGCUUCCUCAUCAAAUUGUGUAACUGAUAUUUCCCACCUUGUUAGAAAGAAGAGGAAACCAGAGGAAGAGAGUCCCCGGAAAGACGAUGCAAAGAAAGCCAAACAAGAGCCGGAGGUGAAUGGAGGCAGUGGGGAUGCUGUCUCCAGUGGAAAUGAAGUUUUGGAAAACACGGAGGAGGCUGAGAAUCAGGCUGAAAGCCGAGUGGCAGUGGAGGCUGGCGCUACAGUUGAAAGCACUGCAUGUUAAGAGGGGGCAGAGCCUUCCUCCCAAGGGAAAGUGUUUUUGUAUAUAAUGUAUUUUUUCACUUUUGGAGGAUUCUUUUUGUAUAACUUCAAUAAAGAUUGUAAGCAAAGGUUGAGGCUUUGAUUUUUUUUUUUUCUUAAUUGACUGAAUCUGCCUUGGAGCACUCCUUGUUUUAUAUAGUAGCUAAAGGUUUUGUUUUGGCCUUCUGUACUGAUCUGUGUUGCAAGUCCUGAUCCCUAAUUCCUGUCUGUCUAACGUGGAGUUAAUCAAGUGUGGCUGUAGGCCUUUGUUUUCCAUUGGUGCUAUAUUUCUUGUUUUCAAAUAUUUCACUGAACCCAGCUGUCUUGCAAACUUUCAGUGGUGCUGUCUCUGGAUGGGGGCCACAAAAACAAGACUUGGUGAAUAUCUUGCUCUUCGGUGCUGAAAAUGGAUGAUGGACUUUGGCUGUGAGCCAGGGUUAGGAUGGUACUUGUUUUACAUCCACCUCGUCUUCAACUGGGGCUAUAAUUGUGUCCUGGAAAAUGAACUCUGAAGAAAACAUGGGUUGGGGGAAUGAUCUCUAAGGAAAACAGUUUACACUUGAGCUCUGGUUUGAAAGUACAAGGGACUGAUUGUGAUGGACAGUUCAGAUGUGGUUGGAAGAAUAUGUGGGGAGGCUGGCUGGUUGAGUUUGUUAUUUUCUGUAUAUAGAGGUUGAAAUAUAUCAACACUUGGAAUUGUUACCCAUCUACAGAAUUGGCUUCUCAAAUAAAGAUGCUGAAAAUC